CACUGACCGCGAGGAAGAGGCGCGGCGGUUGAGUUCAAAUUUUAUGAAGAAAAAAAGACAAGCUGCGAAUGGAGGGAAGUGAUAUUUAGAUAUAGUGUACUUGUUCACAUGCAGUGAAGAUGGAACCGCAGAAUUUAGGCAAUGAGGCAGUGAAAUCCUCAAAACGGAGACUUUCUUCGAUUUUAAAAGCUCCUCGAACAUCUUUAAAAUUACUUGGAGUUGAGCAAGAGGAACUAAAGGAAGAAGUUGCCAAACCUGUUGAGAAGAGUAGAAAUUCACGAAGAGUGAGUUUUGCCACUACAAAUAAUGUGCGAGUCUUUACAAAUGAGGCAAAGAGUGAAUCUCCUGUUCUGGGCUCCAUACAAAACUUACAUGAAGAGCGGCCUGAUGAAAAGAUCCUGCGUUUUGCGGAUGAGGGAAGUCACCAAAUCAAAGGCUUGGAAACUUUGUUGAACACUCCUCUUUAUCUAACCCAGAAUAAAGAGAAUUUCUUCUCUGAUCCAGUCUUACAAGAUGACUAUGUGGAUAGAACAAUACUGCUUGGAGAAGAUACUGGAUACAUGGAUAUUACUCACAGUCACACAAUCACAUUUGAUAAGGAUUAUGAAAUCAAAGAGGAGGCAAACCAGGAUGUUAGCUUCAAAGUGGCUCAGACUGUCUGUGGUGAUUCGAAUAUUGCAAGUCAGAAAGCAGAGAAGAAAAAUGUUUCAAUGGACUCCGACUUCAGUGCUUUUCUUGCAAGUAUGCACUUACCCACUGUAAAUACCGUUAAGCUCCAAAGAUCAGAAAACGAGCUUAGUAAUGCCUGCAGUUCAGCAAAUACAAGCAUUUCAGAAAUUGAUAAGGAAAAUUUCUUGCCAUCUUUUUUAACAAAACAACCAAGCACUAAGUGUCAACCACUCCAACCCCGGGGACUUCAGCGCAGACGUUCUCGCGUUUCAGUCAUUGAAAAUGGCGAAAGUGGGCCAACUAUGGGUCGCACUGCUGUAACUGAAAACAUAGAUAGUGCACAGUCUUUUACACCCUCGAUUUCUAAAAAUCAUAGAAGUGUUCCCAUCAUGACAUCUGCUUUUCCAGAUGUGUCGGAUGACAUGGAGUUCACUGCUCCAGUCAAUGCUAAAGUUACAGAAAAUAUCACUUGCAGUGUCCAGACUGCUCUGGAUCAGAAUAGAUCACAUCAUUUCUCUGAAGAAGACAAUGCAAUGGAGAUGACGGGGGUAUCUGAUAUAUCCAUUCGAAAUAAAGACUACACUGUGAAUAUGAGGGAACAAAGUCAGCCUUCAGUUCCUAAAGUAAGAAGGAUGUCCUCCUUGACUGUCAUUGGAAACGGAGAGAUAACGGAUCAAAGCAAUGCUAGUUAUUUUCAGGGCAAUCUAUCAGUAGCCCGAACAACAGAUUGUGAUAAUAUGGAGAUGACUGAGGCUUUAGAUGUCUCUCUUCAAGACAAAGAGAAAGCUUUGUUUCCCAAAGUAAGCAGGAGGUCCACAUUUGAUGUUUUCGAAAAUGGACAUAUAAUGCAAAACAAAUCUAACAGCAGCUUUAUGGUUCGUACUGCCAAUUCUGAUGAUAUGGAGAUGACGGAGGUUAUUGAUCUUGAGUCCAAACCAUCAGUUGAAAACAAACUGCUUAGCAGCUCAAGGAAGAGUUUGCCUCUGGCAUCUAUAUCCAGAACUGUUCAAGAAGAUGAACAUACAAGCAUUAUGAAGGAGAACAGUCUACAUCCCAUUCCUACAGUAAACAGGAAGACCUGCUUUAAUGUUGCUGAAAAUGGAACAGUACUGGAUUACAACCAAUCAGACAACUUCUCAAUAGCCCAAGAUGACAAUUCUGGCGAUAUGGAAAUAACAGAGUGUCAAACUGAAUUACUCGAAAUCAAACCAUCAACUAAAAACAAGUCAUUUGGCAACUUCUGGAAAAGUUUGCCCUCAUCUUCAUCCAGAACAGUUGGAGAAGACGAGCAUACAGGCAGCGUCAAAAAGGAAGCUCUGUGUCCAACAUCUAGUGUAAACAAGAUGCCGUGCUUUAAUUCAAAUUCUGACGAUAUGGAAAUAACACAGUGUCACACUGUUUUUCUUCAACCUAAACAUGUCAGUGGAGAUGAAUCAUUAAGCAUUUCAAUGAAGAGUGAACCUCUUACAUCAGUAUUUGAAACUGAAGGCGGGGAUGAGAUGGACAUGACUCAAGUACCCACAGGGCGUAUAAUACUAAAUGGUCAUUCGUCCAACAAAAAUGAAAAAGGUGAAAGCAUUCUGAUACCUGCUUCAGCUACAUCGCCUGUACAUAAUAAGAGUGACCAUAUGGACUUGACAUGUCUAAAAAGUACUUUUGCAGAGACUUCUCUCCCAUGUCCAGAUGAAAUGGAAUUUACAGCAUGCGUCACUGACAGUGCCUCAAACCGAACAGGAAGAACUGUGGACAUCACAGAUAUUAGAGCACCAUUCUCUGCUAAUCAAACAGUCACUGUGGUUGAGCCUAUGGAGAUGACUGAAGUACAUAUGGCACCAUUCAGUGAGCGAAAGCAUAAAGCUUUUAUGACUCGAAGAAAGUCAGGAGCAAGGAUGAUGUCCUUGAUGUGCAAUUCUGGAAACACAGAAGCUGAUAACUGUCAGAUUGAUUUCACCAACUCUGAUAACAUGGACAUGACACAAUGUCAGACUGCUGUGCUGGAGGCUGAAACUUACAAGAGUGCCACACCAUUCAACAAAUCAAGGAGGAAUUUGAACAGUGCAUCUAUAUCCUGUAGUCCUGAUGGAAUGGAGAUAACUCAGCCACUCACUGGAAAAAUUAUGUUAAAAAGCUUUGCAUCUAAUCAGGAAAGUAAGCAUCAGCAAAAUCUGUUGCCUGAAGCACAAAGUUGUCAAAUGCAGAACGAGUCUCAGUGUAUGGAACUGACAUGUCAAGCCAGUCCAUCAAAUCUAGCCAUUCCCUAUGUUGAUGAUGAAAUGGAGCUAACAGGAUGCAAUACGAUUGCAAUGGACUCAAAAAGCACAUUGGCAUCAAGUGCUGCGGAGAUCAAAGCGAAUGAAAGUGCACUUUGGGCAUCAACAACUGUUUCUAAAUGCACAGUGUCAAGUGAAGAACAAAAUGAGGUGAGUGAAGCUGCCAAGUGUACUAAUAACAGUGUUUUCCCCUCAAAGGAUCUUUUUGAUCUUGGUGGAAAAAACGUUAAAUGCAGCAACACGGAGACAAUGUCCUACAUCCCACCUGAUAUGCUAGUGGACAAAAAUUGUGAAACGGCACUGCCAAGCAAUGUGAUGGCGAACGAUGAAGACGAUAUGCAAGUCACAAAGCCCCUAACAUUGCCCAUUGAAAUUGAGCAAGCGUUUUCAUUUAACCAGAGUGAACAAACCAAUGCAUCCUCUGGUUUUAGUAAUGACGAAGAGGGUCAAGCUCAUAAUGCUAAAGCAAGGCGAAGAAGUUUAAUGGACUUUCAAAUGGAGCUUCACAACAUGUCGCAACGUAUCCUCGAAGAGCCAAAUUUAAUGACAGUAAGCGCAACUGCGCCUCUGCCUUCUUGCACCAUCUCAGAGAACGUGCAGAAUGAAAUAGAAAGUUCCGCAGAGCCUGCUUCAAACAUCACACCUGUUGUCAAGCAGAAAAAUAAUUCUGCACAAAAUCAGAAGACCACACCUUUUAGUCUUAACAAAAAAUCCUUUUCCUCAAGGAUGUCAUUGUGUGGGGUUGUUCCAAAGUUACCAAAACGAUCUACAGCUUUCACUCCCAACAAAUCCCUGCCCAUAAGUACAAAUGAUUUACCGUGUCUCCAGCUAGAGAAACAUUUUAAAGUUGCUGAACAAAAAAGCAACCAAACAGUUGAUAUUAACGAUGAAGAGUUCCCUGAAAUGAGCGGUGAAGAAGACCUCUCAGGAAGUCUUGAAAAUUGGCCAGUUAGCAAGCAAGAUGAGCUGGAGGAAUCUUUGGCUGUACCUAUUAAAGAGGAGUUUUUAAUAGACGAUGUUUUCGAAUCUGGAACAAGCAUGAGCCCUUCUUUUAAAAGGCCACAUCCAGAGGAAGAACCUAUUACAGCAGAACAAACCAAGAAGGCCUGUGUUUCUGACAUGGGGUCUGACUGUCAUGAAGCUGCCGUACAGUGGGAAGGUAAUUUUACAAGGCACGCCGCUCAGAAUCUCAAGGCAAAGACAACUGAAGAUACAGGAGUGUCUGAAUCCACUCUGAGACACUCCCAGUUUGACUCUCAUAUGGACGGGAUGCAGGAUAACCUAUUUGAUUUCAAUAAGAAACUUGAGGACGGAAGCAUCACAGUGAAUGAGUUUCUUAGCCACUUUGGCAUCAAAUUCGUCAUCCACAGAUCUAGACCAAGUGCUCUGCCUGUCAGCUGUGGAGCUGGGGAGACACGCACCAUGGAAGAUUUGCUGAAAGAAAAAUACAUAUGCCACCCCAAGCAGAGAGUAUAUGAGCAAGACUGCAAGAACCUUACAGAAAUCGUGGAGAGACUUAAAGAACAAAUGUCUGCACAAGAGAAAUCCCUUAGAAGCAUCAAUGGAGCCCUUCAAAAAGAGAUAUGUACUCUCUCUGAAGAACAGUUAAAAAGCUUUGGAUCCAAAUUGAAGGAGCGAAGGGCUUAUUUUGGAAAGAAAAGCAAAGCAGUUUCUCAUGAAAUGAAAGAAGUGUUGUACUCUGAGCUCAUAAAAACAACACAGGAUGCAAAACUGAGCUUGAUAUCUAAAAUCAAAGAGACAGAUGAAAUGAUUGAAGACUUGGAUGGCUGCAUUAAAGAUUUAGAAACUGAUCUUGCGUCAGUUGAUGCCAUGAUCACAGGGGAUCAUCUUGAUCUUCCUAAAGCAGGACCAGCCUUGAAAGCAAAAGAAGAAGAUUUGCAUCGACUCAAUUCAGCUGUCACUGACAAAGAGAGGGAAAUCGGUGAGCUGGAGAUUCAGCUGAAGACUUUGGAGAGCCAACAGGAGAAGCUGCAAGGGGAAUCCAGCAGCCUUAAGAGUCAUCUGGCGACUUUAAACAGUUUGAAUGAGUGGCGUCUUGAAGCGACAGAUGAAACAAAGGCUUUGUUUUCCUUCCUUCAUAAAACUGUGCAUCUGCAGGUGAACCUGCAAACACCUGCUGGAAAGGAAUGGAUGACUGAGGAUGUGGAGAAAAAUGUAGAUGUAGUCUUCCAGUUGCAGCUGGAUGGACAUAAGUCAGAAUGUCAUGCAAGCAUGAUUCACAAUUUACUCGCAACGAAGAUUGAGUCUCAAACUCACUGGAAACAGAGGUUCACAACAACCAGACAUAUUCCAGAGCUCCUUCAUAACAUGAGUUUGGUGGUGGGUCGUCUCAGGCUCUUGGGUGAGGAGAUUCACCGGCUGAAGAAGUGGGGAGGAUUAAGGCUUCGCAUCCUGAAAAUCACCUGCACAGAUACACGAGUUCAUGUCAUUUUCUCAAGUCUAAAAGCAUUUGAAAAGUUUGAGCUGAGUCUGACGGUCACUCCAGACUAUCCCUUUGGACCACUUCACAUACAGGACUUCAAAAAACACAUGGGAACCACAAGGUUGGAUCAGCUCGAGGAGAUCAUAUCAUCAGUUAAACCAGCCAAGAACUAUCUGACAAAAAUCCUCAAGAAGAUCCACGAUGACCUCCUGUGCUAGGACCUCAGGCCUUAUUGUUUACUCUGUUCUGUUUUUUAAAUGUUUGUAUAUGUUUAUAUUGUCCCAAAAUAAUAAAUGUGGCCGUAAACUACAAGUUUGCUGGCAUUCUUUAAAUUA